CCCUUUCCUUAAUUUUCUCAUGGCUUUGUUUGGACUUGGCAAAUCAAGAAACCGUUCCUCGACCAGUAAAUUAUCUAAAUUGGCCAUCAGAAGGACCAAAUCUACCGGAAACAUCGAAUCAUCAAAACCAUCUACCACAAAAGGAACCUUCCUCAAGAGAUACACCUCUGUAAAUCGCCCACCUGUUCCUCGAAGCUUACAUGGCCAGAGCGACCAAGAAGAAGACACAAGUAAUAGCAGUAGACCCAGCAGUCUGAGCAGUGAGAGCAGCGAGAGCAACGACAACAGCCCAACAAAAAAUGUAUCGAAUCCUACUAUAAAGAUCACUUCUCAAGACGCCGAUGAGCUGAAUGAAAAGAUGAAGCGUCUAGUAACCAAUGACCUCGAGCUCCUACUCUCAAUGGAGACACAAGCACGCAUUGAUGCCCAAGAAGAAAGGGAGCGAAACGCGGCAGCUGAGGCGGCCCGUGAAGCGGCGGUGGCAACUACACCCCGCCCCAGUCGUCUUAAAUUUGAACUCCCAGUCACUCCUCCUCGAUCACGCUCGCCAGCUGCUGCCAAUGCAUAUCCGCGUGCACGUCCCAUUCGCUCAUUACCCGAAGAUAAUCUUAUCAAUCGAGAACGUCUAGAAGACAAGCGAAAAAAGCGCAAGUCUAGGUGGACUCGCAUUAUGGGCAGUGAUCAAGACUCUUCUUCUUCAGAGUCGGACGAAGAAGAUGAGCCGAUUCGAUUAGGUACAAAGGUGCGCCUAAUCCGCCGUCCUCUCCCUACUAUUGGCCAUGUUCGUUACAUUGGACCCCUUGAGUCAAAUGAGGAAUAUAUUGGCGUCGAACUUGAAAGUAGAGUUGGUAAUGGUGAUGGUUCUGUCAAUGGAAAGUACUAUUUUCACACGGAUCCCCAUCGUGGUAUCUUUGUAAAGAGAAAUGAACUCAAGGUUGUCUAAAUACAAUCUGAUACCCCCCUCAUUGACCUCCUCAUCCCACUCUACUCCACUCCACCUUCACCUCCACCUCCACCCCACUCUUGUAUUUAUUUCCUUCAUUUCAUUCUAUCUUUACACCUUAUUUAUGCACCCUAUCUAAUUUUCACUCUAAACAUCAUCAUUCUUUGUUUUUACUUUAAUAAACAUCAAAUCGAAAAAGAAUAAAUAAUAUAUAU